UCCGACACAGAACAAACCAGCACUUUCCGGGUGCUCUGCCCGAGCUAUGGCAUUCACGCACCGGUCAAUGGGAAAACGUUGAGGCUCUGUGAGAUGGAGUCUCUGUUCGGUGGGGAGCUCGGCCUGCUGGGCGGAGGCGAGGGCGGAGGCCUGAAGGAAGAUGGCGGCUGCGGCGGCGUGGGCUGGCGGGGCUCGCCCUCCCCCGAGGACAUGUACUCGGCCUCCAACUUCGCCCUCAUCACCGCCUACCAGGAGAUCAAGAGCCGGCUGGCGGGCCUGGAGCGCGAGAACAGCAGCAUCAAGCGCAAGCUCAAGAUCUACGAGAUAAAGUUCCCCAUGAUCAGUGAGUUCGGGGAGGACCGUAACUCCUACUGCUCCUUUGAGCCCAAAGAGACCGCCCUGUUGCAGUCAGAGAACGGCAACCUGCAGCAGAGAGUCAAUAUGCUCACACACGAGCUCCAGAAGAGUAAGGAGCGGGAGGAGCAGCUGGAGGAUGUCAUCCAGGCCUACGAGAAGAUCCACAUGGAGAAGACCAACCUCCAGAGAGACCUGGACAAGAUGACGUCUCUGGUGGAGAAGCAUGUUGAGCGGAUCCACAGUCUGGAGGUGGCCCUGCGUCAGCGUGAGAACUCCCUGCACAAGCUCAACUCCCAGCUGCACAUGCUGGACUGUCCGGCGCUGACCCUGCAGAGCUCCCGUAGUCUGGACGCGCUGUCCGACCUGAAGCUGCAGCAGCUGGAGGCGGAGCUGGAGGGGGCGCGGCACGAGGCCGAGGGGGCGUGUCAGCGGGAGAAGGAGCUCAAGGCCCAGUGUGAGCGCAUGCAGGACGAGCUGCGCGAGCUGCAGGACAACCAGAGAGAACGCGACAUGAGCUCCACCUGUGCCCAGUGUGACGUCGAGUGGAUCAAGAAGGUCGGGGACGAACAGGUGAACCUGGCCUUGGCCUACACAGAGCUGACGGAGGAACUGGGUCGACUGCAGGCCCUCAGCUCCAAGCAGACGGAGAUCCUGAGGAAGGUGUCCCAGGAGCAGGCUAGCCCGGUCCAGCGCCACUCGCCCAUCCCCCAGCGCCACUCGCCCGUGCCCCAGCGCCACUCCCCGGUGCCCCAGAGGCGCUCCCCGGUGCUGCAGCGGCUCUCCCCGGACAUGCACCGCCGCUCGCCCUCCCCGUUCGCCGAGCUGAGCGACGGUCCGGCCUCCUACUCCUGCCGGCCGCCCACGCAGCACCUCCGCGCCAGCUUCCAGGGCCGCCGGAGCUACUCGGAGGUGGCCGACCCGUCGGCGUACCAGCGGCCGCCGCGCUUCACCCUGGACCCGGUGUCCACCCUGCCCAAGCCGCGGCCCUACGUGGACGGCUACCACAAGCAGGGAGGACCGCCGCAAAGCCAGCAGCAGCACAGACCGCCGCAGUCGUCCGAGGACGAGGAGGAGUGGAGCUGCCCGCACCCCAUCAGCCCCGCGCGGACUCUCGGGGCCUCCGGGGGCUCCACCAUGUCCCCCGGGGCCAUGAGGGGCCCGGCGUCCUGCUCGGCGUUCCCCAUACCGUCGCGGCCGAACACGCUCUGCCCCCAAGCGUACUUACACGCAGAGCACGCCCAGUCCUGGCCCUCCAUCAACCUGUGGAUGGAGACCGAGGAGGAGACGGACAUGCGCAGCUGCCCGCUGUGCCAGCUCAUCUUCCCCAUGGGCUACCCCGACGACGCCCUGAUCAAGCACAUCGACUCGCACCUGGAGAACAGCAAGAUCUGACCCAUCGCCCUCUCCAAGCAACAGCCCCCCUUACCUUCCACCUCCUCAACUCCACUCUCUCUCUCUCUCUCU